GUGAAAUUUCGUGAGCCUCGCAACCUCCCACUCCAUCACCAAUUUCGACGCCGCACGACCCGAGGUCCAAGUCUCAACCUUCGCAAUGGCUUCGCGACCUACCGUCUCUAUCAUCGGCAAAGAUGGUGCUCCCACUGGAGCUACCCACGCCAUUCCCGCCGUCUUCACCAGCCCGAUCCGACCGGACAUUGUCCAGCAGGUUCACACCGGUAUCGCUAAGAACAAGCGACAGCCUUAUGCUGUGAGCGAGAAGGCCGGUCACCAGACCUCUGCCGAGUCUUGGGGAACUGGUUAGUACACGAUGUCUUUUUUCCCCUAGAUUUAUGGCUCUAGAGGGGAAAUUUUCUGUGGGCGGGGAGAAAAUCACGGAGGUGGACGAGGGAGAGACGAGAAAUGUUUUGGGAUUGCACGACGAUGAGCAGAACAGCAGGCUAACCACAUUGCAAACAGGUCGUGCUGUCGCCCGUAUCCCCCGUGUCUCUGGUGGUGGUACUCACCGCGCUGGUCAGGCUGCCUUCGGUAACAUGUGUCGCUCCGGUCGCAUGUUCGCCCCUACCAAGAUCUGGCGCAAGUGGCACGUCAAGGUCAACCAGGGCCAGAAGCGAUACGCCGUCGUCUCUGCUCUCGCUGCCUCCGCUGCCGUUCCCCUGCUCCAGGCCCGUGGCCACCAGGUCAACUCCGUCCCCGAGGUUCCUCUGGUUGUCGACUCCGCCGUCUUCGAGGGUGCUGCCAUUGCCAAGACCGCUGCUGCUUUCGGCCUCUUGAAGGCUGUUGGCGCUGGUGCCGAUAUUGAGAAGGUCAAGAACUCCAAGAAGCUCCGUGCUGGUAAGGGCAAGCUCCGUGGCCGACGUCACCGCCAGCGACGUGGCCCUCUUGUCAUCUACGACCCCGAGACCGACGGCAAGGAGCUCGUCACUGCUUUCCGCAACAUCACUGGUGUCGAGACCUCUCCCGUCACCGCUCUUAACCUCCUCCAGCUCGCCCCUGGUGGUCACCUCGGCCGCUUCAUCGUCUGGACCUCUGCUGCCUUCAAGGCCCUUGACGAGAUCUACGGUUCCACCACCGAGGCCUCUGCCCACAAGCGUGACUUCCUCCUCCCCUCCAACGUUGUCUCUCAGGCCGAUCUUACUCGUCUGAUCAACAGCUCUGAAAUCCAGAGCUCUCUCAACGCUCCCAAGGGCGAGGCUGUCACCCGCCGAUCUGCUGUCCAGAAGAAGAACCCUCUUAAGAACAAGCAGGUCAUGCUUCGCCUGAACCCUUAUGCCUCCGUGUUUGCCCAGGAGGCUCAGAAGAAGCAGAACUAAAAUAAUUCUCGACUUGCUGGGUGUGCAGCGGGUUAAGACGGAACUAGAUGACGGGUCUUGCAUGGUUUGAUAUUGAGGCGUAAUGGCUUCUUUGAAGGUUGAGCUCUCUUAAAAAUGAAUCAGAGAUUUGAUAUGAAUUACAGCCUGACUCGGCAUUGGUUCCAUAACUUGAUGCUUGUUUGCCGUAACUGUGAUCUCAGCUUGCUACGUUUGAUUUCAGCGUGAUUGUCGUAACACUAGUUGUUUUCGUUUUCAUUUUUAAUGCCCUACACACAUGUGGCAUCGAGGUUGACCUGUACAGUGACUAUCUUACAUGUUGGUAGCCUGGCUAUUUUUCUUGUUCAAUGCUCAUCAUUCAGUAACUCCUGUUCAUUUAUCUACUCUAGCUGGGUAACUCUUCGAGUAGCUUCUCAAUCUGUGCCGUAUCGUUAAUCUUGAAGAAUUCACCCACAGAUCGUGCAAAUCUGCUUGCGCCACCGUCAAUAUUCUCGUCGCUCUCUGCUGCGAAGCACAGUCGUAUAUACUGCCAGCCACGCUUUUCCCGAAUCUCCGGGGUGGCACUGAACAUGCUACCAGGGCUGCCCAGCACCAGAUGAGGUGCAUGAGUACUAUGGAUCAGAAAUGCAUUUGCCAAUGCGGUGCCAUCAAUGACAGGGGCAAUGUCGCCCCCUCUGGUCUGGUAGAGAGGGUGCUUCUCGAAGUGGACACGCACCCAGACAAACAUCCCUCCACGGGGCCAGUCAAAAUCGAACAAGCGUAUCUUGCUGAUGACGUCCCAGUCCAAGUCUGGGUUUUGGGACGUUGACUGCCUCAGAGAAAAUGCAUUCUCUUCAAGGAUAGUGCACAUUCGGGUCAUGCGACGCUCAUACUCGCCACGAAGGCCCUCAAGCCAUCGCACCCAACCAUCAAGCUGCCAGCCAGUAAACGAGGGUUUCUCUGAUUCUGGGAGAGAGGAGAAUGUCUCAAGAGUUGAUGAGUGAGGGCCUAGAAUGGCUUGAGCAAUGAGUGCUUGGACGAAACCUGAGGGCUGGCCAGUG